AUGUAUGGGUUUUCUUUCAAGGCUCUCGCUCUCGUUAUCCUCGGGACCCUCGCUAUUAUGUCUGUUCAGCCCAUGAGGGUUUCAGCUAUGCCCCUCAUCCAACAACAAAAUUCACCGGAUGUACUUCACCCUCAUCCUUCUCCUCAUCCCAAAUUUUUUUCUGGCAAAACUUUGAUUGAGCGUCGAGAUGCUGGUUCGAAUUGCCAAAACUUGUCGGUGAACGAUCUAAAGCAGCUUCCGGGUUUUAAUAAGCUCGUUCAGAAAGCUAAGCACAAACAUGGCGAUGGCAAAUACACAAUCAGGACAAAUGACGACCAUUUCUCUGGGCAUUCUGCGCUGAUCUGUGUCAACGAACCAGCUAAAGUCACAUACAACGCUGGAACAACUAAAUCUCAUUACUGUCAGCCAACUACGGCGGAUACGCAAGGUACACUCACAGGAACUAAUGGAACAGUCGCAGUCACGGUAUUGCAGGGUGUCCAGACUACUGCUCAGUAUACUAUCAGCAGUGCUGCGAGCAUUGGGUUGAGCGACAUGUUCCAAACCCAAGUCGGCUUUCCCGCAAUCACCGACCUCUUCGACUUCUUCACCACGUCUGUAACUAUAACUAACACACAGACCCAGAGCUUCAUGACCCAACAUACAGCCCAAACAACGCUCACUCUCACAAUGGCUUCCGUCGAAGGUGACAAGUGCGAAGCCAAGGAAGUCGUCCAACAAUGUACGAUACCAAGUACUGGAAUCAUACAACUUGUUGCACGAGGUACAGCUUGGUGGGAGUAUGAAUCCCGGACCGGGGACAAGGACAACAAGGAUGCUGGCAAACACUACGCAUGGAUGCUGGAUAUCAAUGAACUUUCAAUACCUGAUAGGUCGGGUUAUAUCAAGUUUGAGGGGAAUAUGGAAGUGGUCACUAAAGGAAACUAUAACGGCUUCAAGUUCGAUACUAUCCCCCCCGACUCCGGGUCAAUAAGAUCCGAAAUUAAGAAUAAGAGAGCGAAAGAGAGGGUAUCGAAGUAUGAAAGGGAGAGAGCAUCGCGAGCAGAUAGGGCCGUCUUCAUCGAUGUCGACGGAGAGAGGAUACGAGUAUUGGAAAACACGAGAAAAUCUGCCUCUGGUUGCAUGGACUGGGGACUGGGGUGUACGAGCGAAGGUGACGGGAUUGUCGACGUCGAUGUUAUCGGUGUCAGCGCCGAUGCUCCUGCGCGCUCAGAUGACAAUUGGAUAGAUAAAGAGGCCACUGCAAUUCGCUCUCAAAGACAUAGUUGA